AUGACUACUACUACUACUGCUAUUGCUACUACUAUAACUACUACUACUACUUCUACAACUACUAUAGCCACUACUACUUUUAUCACGUCUCCUACUAUUAAUACUGCAACUAUUGUCAUUACUGCUACUAUUACUACUUCUACUAGUACUACUACUACUACUACUAUAAAGUCUGCUGCCAAAGAUCCCUGCUUACAAGGGAAUUUUAUGAAGCUGGAUAACUUACUUAAACGCUCUCCAACAUACACCCAAGAUUCUACCCCGCUGUGUGAUAGAUACAUCACAGAGGGCUGGUACAGGGCCAGAGAUCACGUGAUGUCUACGUCAGCACCCCUUCUGGGAAAAUGCGGCACACUUUACCCUGUUUGGCUGAAAGAUCCUGUCCCAGAGACGGGGCAAAAAGAAACACUCACGGCAUGUCAAGUUGGGUUUAGCGAUAACUGUACAUCUUCCAUUGAAAUUGAAGCUAAGAACUGUACUUCUUUUCUCGUAUAUAAUAUAAAGGCGUUGGAAACCUGCAAUUCCGCUUACUGUUUUGAGCGUGACAAUAGCUGUGUAAAUACCUCGGUGGAAAUCGCACAAGUUUCCUAUCAUAAUAUAACCUGGAACACAAAAGGAAAUGCCGAUGCAAUUAGAUACGACCCCUAUGUGAAUUUGGUUUGCUCUUUUACACAUGGUGAUGACGAUACAUUGUUGUACCAUAUAAAUUGGUUCGUCAACAACAGCACGUUGAUUAAGAGUCAGACAGUUGAUAAGACAUCGUCACAGAAUGUCAUACUUUCUGCUGAAGAUGUCCACGAUGCAGGCAAAAAGAUUGGCAUCUGGAUACUCUGUACUGUGGGAAUAAAGAAAUCAGAGGAUGAUUUACCAUGUUCCUCAACAUCGAGCAAUCUUUUCUUCGCUGGAAUAGAGAUUUUGAAUCCCACCCUCACAAUUGAGAGACAGCGUAAAGGAACUCUUACAGUACGUCCUACAAUUCCGUUUGCUGCUGAAACUAUAGAGAUCAAUGGAUUGCAAUCCAGCAGUUCUUUGAGUAUUCAGCUGUCAUUCCCGGAUAAAGAUACCGAGGAUAAAUGUAAAGCAAGCGGUCAUUUCACAGACUGUGAAAUUAAGAUUCCUAGCUACAAGUACAAUGAACGCCAGAAGUACGAGGAUCCAGUGAAUUGGCGUAAAGACUACACCAUGGACAUUUUUAACUCCGAUGAGGAGGAUUACUAUCUUGCUGACCACCAUCUUGUACUGCAAUUGAAAACAAACAGACCAAAUGGGAACGGAGCGAAAAUCUUCAGCGAAGCCGAGCUUUCAGAUGUGAAUGUCAAUGUCGUAGAGUCACAGGAAGGAUGGAAGGGAAAGCGAUGCAGUUCUUAUCUUGAUCCUCACAUGACCACCUUUGAUGGAAAAUCCUAUGAAUGCCAGAGUAAUGGCUGCUUACCUGGGAGGACGUACAUACUUUACAGAAAUGACGACCAUUUACAAGAGGUUCAGGUACGUCAUACGAGUUGUUGGAAAUAUCCACGAUGUAUCUGCGGAGUGGCAGCAAGAUCUGGUCAGGAUGUGUUCAUGAUCGAUUUUUGUGACCAAAAGCGGACUAUCAACUUUCCUAUAUGCAGAGACCAUUCAAUCAAAGUUAUCAAAGAAUCAGACAAAGAAUAUAAGAUAACAUUCCCUACUGGAACUUUUGUUAAAGCGAAACUGUACGAGUUUGAUUCCUGGUACAUCAAUGUAGAAAUAUAUCCGACUGUUGCCGACUUCAAUAGAACGUCCGGGUUAUGUGGAUUGUUGGACGAUGACAAAACUAAUGAUUUUAGCCGAAAGGAUGGACUUAUCAGUCACUCAAAUCCUCCAGAUGAUUUUUCGAAAUCCUGGAGUCUGAAUAGCGGAAGCAUAGAAGACCUGCUAUCUACGUCAGAAACUGUUUACGACAACUUGACUCCAUUGUCGACUUACUUCAAGAAACUAUGCACAUGUGAUGACGGGAAAACAAAGUGCAGCUACAAGAAGUACAGGGAAUGUAAAACAGACGUCAGAGGAAAGGAAUAUCAUUGUAUCUUACAUAGUAGUUCCAGGAAAAAACGAGACCUGGAAUAUUUUUCUACAGUUCAACGUAGUGAACCACAAUCCGAUACUGUCACAAAGCGAGAAGCACGGGGGAAGCGUCAGGUCAUUAGUGUCUCAGAGGCUCAGGAUACAUGCUAUAAAGCAUUCCAACAAUCUUCACUGUACGGAACAUGUCUUCAAGUUGUGCCAAACUUCAGCAACGAAAGCGUCCUGAACUGCAUUAGUGACCUUUCUGUGGCUGGAGAAGAAAAUCUUACACAGACGCAUCUCAAUAUUGCUCUCAGUCAAUGUCAAGCAUAUAUCGUUCUUAAUUCAACACUGGAAAAGGAACAACCUACCUUGUCGGAGAUAAUGAUUAAUCUAUGUCCAAACAAUUGUAGCAAUAAAGGUCUUUGCUCAGGAGGAAACUGUACCUGUGAUUAUGGAUACGGUGGGAGCGACUGUUCCUUUGAUGUUUUAGCACCGCCAACAAUAACAAGAAUUUCAGACGGUGGUGUGUGUGACAAGACUGACGAACCUUGUGACGAUAUUACGCUGUAUGGCGAAUAUUUCCUGGAAAACAUGGGAACUACAUGUUACCUGACCAGAAAAGAGAUGACAAAAACAAAUAUCACUGCAUCAGAAGAGUCCUACACAGUGGACCUGGAAGAGAGGACCCUGUUUGAAGGAUAUUGCAGACUUGAAUAUUCACAAACCAACACCUGGAGUACGACGUUCCAGUUCAAGAUAUCUAAUGAUGGCACCCAAUUCUCAGAGAUAUAUUCUGUGUAUGUCUAUCAGUCCCAAUGUCAGAUAUUCAACAACGACACCGGAAGUGUUUAUUUCACUCUACAGGACGGAUACUGCUAUAUCAAUGGUAGUUGUGUUCAGAGAGGGGGAUUGAAAAAUAGCGACCCCUGCUUUCAGUGUGACCCCGAUAAAGACAGAUACGAUUGGACUCAUGAAUGUACCACAAGUGGUUCCACAUCAGCCUCUAUAACAUCUACUGGAUCAUCUAUUUCUAAUCAACCCAAAGAUAAUACAAGGAAGAAUGCCAAACAAGAAACCGAAUUGUCUCAAAAUUCUAUAGGCUUAAUUUCCGCAUGUGUUAUUUUUACCACGGGAGUAAUCUUCCUCGCAGGAUAUCUUUUAAAAAGAAAAUGCCAGAGAAGAAAGGAGGACAGGAUAUCUUCUACCUUACAAAAUCACGACGAUGUUAAUAGUUAUCCAGAAUGUGACAAUGGUCCUCGACGAGAAACAUUCCACGUUGCUAACCUUUUCCAGGUCAACAAUCCAUACUCCCGACCCCCAUCAGCAGCUUCUAUGACAGUUGAUCAACCCACUAUUGAUCUACAAAGGAUAUACAAGAAAAAUGGACAUCUUGACAAAUUGUUCAGCGUUGCCGGAAAUAGGGACACAUAAAACGUGUCUCAAUGAUGUAUACUUCUUCGUAAUAUAUCAAAUACUAUUCAUGCAUGCUAUUGUGCUUUUAAAAGAGGGCAUGUUAAAGUUAUUUCAAUUUAAAAAAAAAAAACACCAAACAACGUACAACUUAAUGAGAGAUAUUUGUGAAGUGUAUCGUUAUUGUGACUAUCGAAUCUGUGAAUUCAUUUGUCAAUAGCUUGCCUGAUUUGAAAACCGAUCACACUCAGACAAUCUCUUGCGUAUCGCAUCGAGAAACCUAAACACCAUAUGCAGUACAUAAAAACUUGUGUUGCAUAAAUACUGGAAGUUGGCUAGAGAAGGUGAAAUCAUCUCAUUUGUCAUAAAGCUGAGCUGUUAGUUCGCCCAUAAUAUAUAUGCUCAAUAAAAGAUUAAAUUAUUAAGAUGUGGAAGAAUUUGUGAACUCCUUUGAGUUCCCUGUGGCAUAUCGA